AAUAUACGAGCUGUAGCACAAUAUGCUUCUGAUGCUGGGAAUGGAAAAUCUGCAUUCAGUAACGUUGACGGAUGUUUAAGAGCUUUGGAAGAUCUGGAUUCCCUACUUCUGCGUGCUUCAAGGAAUGAUUCAGGAGCUUCAAUUAAAUCAAUGGAAAUGAAAAUUGGUACUGCGCUUGAUGAAUUGGACAGUCUUCUUAAAACAGUUCCAGCUGACGUGCUGGAGAAAGGAAGGGCCAUGGCCGAUGCAUAUAGGACUUCAGACGAGGACACGGAACUUGAAAACCUGGACCCAGAGUUAAAGAAACUGGAAUCGAUACUGUGAUUUCCAUUUUAUUUAAGUGGAGUCCAAAGUGUCUUGAUUUAUAACUUGCAUAUAUAACUUCGGUUAUCCAAGCAUCAAGCUCCAAAUUAAGAGAAAUUAUGGUACAUGUAUACGAGAAAAUAUUUUGAUUUGUACAUCACCUUUAUAUAUUAUACGAAAUGAAAAUCAAGACAACGUGACCUAACCAAUUAUACUA